AUGGCAACUCCUAUCUCCUCCGCCCCUCCACCCUUCGCCCCGGUCCAUCUGGAUCCCAUCAAGGAUUCCGGCAAGGACACCGAAGGAACCUCUGCUAACCCAGAGAAAGCCUCCGGGGAGGAAAAGGCGGAACAGAAGGCGGAAGAAAUCGCCGCCAAGAAAUCCAAAGCUCGUCAGCGAGACGCUGAAGCCAAAGGGAAAUGGUGGCCCUGCACCACCACUGACACGGAGCUGAAGAACUUGGAGGCAGAAGGUUUUCUGCUCCCCGGAAGCUGGCGAACAGUUCCGGGUUCCCUGGCUCCAGCCCCACAGGAUGGCGAGAUGGUGCUCGAAGCCCUCGAGGAAGGCGACCUCGGAACUCUCCUCCGAAUUCCUCACGCGGGCAAUACCGACCCGGAAGCCGCAUCGGAGGCGGAAGCUCCUGAAGCACCGCGUCCGUCCAAGAGGAAGAGAGCUGCCCCCUCUAGUCCUUCGGCCAAACGUGCCCGCGAAGUGCUCAGCAUCGCGGCUACUCGCAAGGCGGAGGCGGAGAAAAAGCGCCUCAAGCUAAUCGAUACCAGCAACCGAGCCCAACCAGAAAUCCACCAAUUCUUCAGACCUUCCAGAAGUUCCGAAAACCAGCCCCCAAAGGCCCCUAAAGCCCCCAAGAAGAAGACUAAGCCAUCUCCGGCUUCCAUACCAGUCACACCAGAAGUCGGAGUUCCACCCAAAGCUGCUUCAGCCGCCAAGCCGGAUCCUAAGGACGUCAUCAACAUUGAUGAUAUGCCUGAAGACCCAACCGCCGAGACUGCACAAGGCGAUUCCGGCAAGGGCGCCUCCUCAUCUGUUCCUCCGCCUGAACAACCCACCGCUACUUCCGCCGAGCCCACGGCCGAGCAAUACGAGCAGAAAGUGCAGCUGAUCCAUGCCACUGGCGCAUCCCAGACUUCGUCGCUGCAGAAGCUCCCCCUCUCUCAACGUCACGCGGAAAUUUCAGCCAUGAUGGAGAAGGUGUGGGGGCCUGCGGAUACAGAAAUGAAGGAGCUCUCCGACCUCGAGAGCGAUCUCAAGGUCUUCUUUGCUAAACAUAAGGAGGUGCGCCAGAUGACGGAAAUAGAAGGGCUGCGCCAGACUGCUGAGAAUAGUCGUCAAGCUGUGCUCCGCCUAGAGACCCGAUUGAAAGAAGAAACUGACAAGCGCCCCACCAUCGAUGCCUUGUCCGCCAAGGUCCAAGUAUUGGAGGCGGAGAAUGAAACUCUGAAGAACUUCUUGAAAGAGUCUUCCGAGAAGGAAACUAAAGAAAAGAAGGAGCUCUCGGAGAAACAUUCCCGCGAGAUGGCGGAACUGGCUGACAAACUCAAGAAGAGCCAGCAAAGGGUGACCACCCUGGCGGCCAAGAACAAGAGCCAGGAGGCAGAGGCGGAAGCUAUUGACAAGUUGAUCUUCCCAAGCCUAGGCUUUGAAUGGACCAAAGAUUCAACCCUCAAAAGGACUGAGGCAUAUGAAGAGGCGCGGAGUUCAAUCGAGGACCUCGUCGAAGCAUGUCGUGGAAUUGCCAAAUCCCUUAACCUGAAGAGAGCCAAGACAACGAUGAUUGACCGCAUGACAAAACUCAUGAGGAACGUGCCGGAACUUAUCAAGGAUUGGCAGGAAUCUUCAUCUCGUGGAGUUGCUGCCCUCGUGCUAGCCACCUGCAAGGCGCACUUUCCCUCCAUGAAAUUUGCAGAUGAAGAAGAAGCUGCCGAGGAAGGCGACGAGGAAGGCUCCGGGUCAAGUGCUGACCAAGACGAGGAAGGCUCCGACUUCAACGAUGACGGCUCAGACGGUGGCUCGGACAACGGCUCCGCCUACAUAGCUUCUGAUGAAGAGCAGUCCUCGGAGAACCUGUGA